CCGAGAGCACCCAAGUCUACUUCCACUCCAACUUCCCAACGAUGCGAUUCUCUACUGUGCUUAUCACCCUCGGUGCCGUCUCAGGAGCAGCCGCAGCCAGAUGCACCGAGGGUCUCACUUACUGUGGGACGUCGAUAUGCUGGAAAGGAGAUUACCACGCGGACAUUGUGGCGUGUCUUUCCAGGCCGGGCAAACCACAAGAUAGUAGCUAUAUUCUUUACUCGCGCUUUCUUUGUACUGCCGAUGAAGAUUUUCUGAUUUGGGUGGACAAAUGUCGUGAUGGGAGAUGCAAGGACAACGGCCGUGGACGCGACGACACUUGUUCUUGAAUUCAACGAUGAGGAGAGAGAAACUG